AUGGUCUUUUCUCUUGGGUUGUUCACGGCCGUUAGCCUGGCUCUUUCCGCCAGUUCGGGCCUUGUUAUGGGAACAGUGACCACAAGCUUACAGAGUAUCUUGAGAAACACCCAUAAAAGCACGGAAUACGACUACCCAACCGAUAUAACCAGAGAUAUUCUUCCAGUGAGUUUAACUUCUCUUCACUAUCUAUCCAAAACCCUUGGUCAAUUGCGGAGGUUCCAAGGUUCGACUAACAUCCCUAGCUUCCCGUCCACUCUCAUAAGUAGGCUUUCCCCCAGUGCCGCUCAUUCUAAAAUAGUGAUUACUGGAGAGAUGAGCCUUUUUGGACUGGUAUGCCUCGCAAUACAAGCUUCCCAGGACCAUGGACUCUAUUCAUUAACGUAUGUUUUAGGUCUUUCCAAGGGCUGCACAUCAACUGAGGCAGAUGUCUGGCUAUACAACGGGACUCUCUAUGUUGGCCAUGAUCAAUCUGCCCUGACAAAGGAGCGGACGCUUGAAAACCUUUAUAUAAAGCCUAUAUUGGAAGUCCUGGAGCGUCAGAAUCCAGAAAGCCCAUUUGUCAACUCUCCAACGAAGAACGGAGUGUGGGAUACUGUUCCCUCUCAAACGCUGUAUUUCUUCAUCGAUGUGAAGACCUCUGGGCCAGAGACUUUUAAGGCUGUCAUUAAGGCUCUAGAACCACUCCGAAAGAAGGAUUACCUCACCAAGCUGGAAGAAGGCAAGAAACUCACCAACGGACCAGUUACAGUCAUCGGUACUGGUGAGACACCACUUGAUAUGGUGGCUCCUAUUCUUGACCGGGACUAUUUCUUCGACGCACCUUUGGCAUCUCUCAAUGAUUCGAAGUUUGCCCACAUCACUGGCCUGAUAUCUCCUAUCGCAUCGACCGAUUUUGAAAGCGCAGUUGGUAAGCUGACCGUUGACACUGAUCCGAUCCUCAGCGAUGAUCAGCUCCAAGCUCUUCAAGGCCAGAUUGCUACGGCUAAGAUGCGAGGUAUUGGUGCUCGGUAUUGGAACACGCCAUAUUUCCCUAUUCGCCGACGCAAUCUUGUUUGGCGAGCGCUCAUCAAUAGCGGUGUUACCCUGCUGAGUGUAGACGAUCUGGAUGCCGUGAUCUCCGAAUUUUAA